AUGCAUGAUGGAUUGGCCACUACCCUUGAGAUCAAAUCAAUUGAUAUGCUUCACGAGCCAAUCGCAAAUCUUCUUCUACCCUCUCUCUCGCAUCCAAUCGUGUGCUGCCAGGUGUCCAUGCGUGUGCUGACGGGGCGUGUCCACUGGCGCAAUCUGCUGACUCAGCUUCAGAUCGUGGGGCCAGGAUCGCUCGGAGUCUCCCUGCUGACCGCAUGCUUCGUUGGCAUGGCGUUCACCAUCCAGUUCGUGAGGGAGUUUGCCCGGCUGGGUCUCACUCGCUCAGUGGGGGGAGUGUUGGCGAUGGCACUGUGCCGAGAGCUCUCCCCCGUCGUCACCGCCAUCAUCAUGGCUGGCCGCGUGGGCAGCUCUUUUGCUGCUGAACUAGGAACCAUGCAGGUGUCAGAACAAACAGAUACUCUCCGAGUGCUCAAGACCGAUCCAGUGGACUACUUAGUGACCCCCAGAGUGGUGGCGUGUGCGCUGGCCCUCCCAGUGCUGACGCUGCUGUGCUUCACGGUGGGCAUGGCCUCCUCUGUGUUCCUGGCGGACGCCGUCUACAACGUCAGCUCCAACAUCAUCCUCGACUCCGCUGCCAGGGCGCUGCAGGCGUGGGACGUGCUGAGCAUGAUGGUGAAGGCGGUGGUGUUUGGGGGCAUCAUAGCGGACGUGAGCUGCGGGUGGGGCAUGACCACGCAGGGCGGUGCCAAGGGCGUAGGCGAGUCCACCACGGCAGCAGUGGUCAUUUCUCUCGUGCUUGUCUUCAUUGCUGAUUUCGCCCUCUCCUGGUGCUUCUUCCAAGGCCCGGGGGACGCUCUGAAAGCAGCCAUGGGGUAG